AUCCACUCCCUUCAAAAGCUUGUUCCUUCUUCUCUUUAGUUUAUUUCUCGAACCUCGCUCUCUCUAAAAUCUUCACCAUUUUUUAAGAUGGCAGCAUCAUCAGCUUGCCUUGUGGGGAAUGGUUUAUCUACCCAUGGUACUAAACCAAGUUUGAGCAAGGAAUUCUGUGGGAGACCUCUCUUCCACUCUUCAACUCUUCCAUCGUUGGCUAAGGAGACAAAAACAGUUCUUGUAAAGGCAUCAUUGGACCAAAAACAACAUGAAGGAAGAAGAGGUUUUCUCAAGUUGCUUGGAGUACCUGCUUUACUUGGAGCAGCGAGUGCUAAGGCCGAUGAUCAAGGGCCCUCUUCUUCACGAAUGUCUUAUUCUAGGUUCUUGGAGUAUCUAGACAAGGACAGGGUGACAAAAGUUGAUCUAUUUGAGAACGGAACCAUAGCUAUUGUUGAGGCUGUCUCUCCUGAAUUAGGCAACCGAUUACAGCGAGUUCGUGUGCAACUCCCAGGACUAAGCCAGGAGCUCCUUCAAAAGUUUAGGGAAAAGAACAUCGACUUUGCAGCACAUAAUGCUCAAGAAGACUCGGGCAACCUAUUAUUCAACCUGAUUGGAAAUUUGGCUUUCCCACUAAUUUUAAUUGGGGGCUUGUUCUUACUCUCAAGGCGUUCAGGUGGAGGCAUGGGUGGUCCUGGUGGACCUGGUUUUCCCCUCUCCUUUGGUCAGUCAAAAGCCAAGUUUCAAAUGGAACCGAACACUGGAGUUACAUUUGAUGAUGUUGCUGGGGUGGAUGAAGCCAAGCAGGAUUUUGUGGAAGUGGUGGAGUUCUUAAAGAAGCCUGAGAGAUUCACUGCUGUUGGAGCUCGCAUUCCUAAAGGGGUUCUUCUUGUUGGCCCUCCAGGAACUGGAAAGACUCUGCUAGCAAAGGCAAUUGCUGGUGAAGCUGGUGUUCCUUUUUUCUCUAUCUCAGGUUCUGAGUUUGUUGAAAUGUUUGUUGGUGUUGGUGCUUCUCGAGUCCGUGAUCUUUUUAAGAAGGCUAAGGAAAACGCACCUUGCAUUGUAUUUGUUGAUGAAAUUGAUGCUGUUGGACGUCAAAGAGGAACUGGAAUUGGUGGAGGCAAUGAUGAAAGAGAACAGACCCUUAAUCAGCUUUUGACAGAAAUGGAUGGUUUUGAGGGUAACACUGGUAUCAUUGUGGUUGCAGCAACUAACAGGGCAGAUAUUCUCGAUUCUGCUUUGUUGAGGCCUGGCCGGUUUGACAGGCAGGUGAUGGUUGAUGUUCCAGACGUACGUGGCAGAACAGAUAUCUUGAAGGUUCAUGCCAGCAAUAAGAAGUUUGAGGGAAAUGUUUCCCUUGAUGUAGUUGCUAUGAGAACACCUGGUUUUAGUGGAGCAGAUCUUGCCAACCUCCUAAAUGAAGCAGCUAUAUUGGCUGGUCGGCGUGGGAAGACAGCAAUUUCAUCUAAAGAGAUUGAUGAUUCAAUUGAUAGAAUAGUGGCUGGAAUGGAAGGAACAGUAAUGACUGACGGAAAGAGCAAGAGUCUGGUAGCAUACCACGAAGUUGGGCACGCCAUCUGUGGGACACUUACUCCAGGGCAUGACGCCGUUCAGAAAGUGACCCUAGUUCCACGUGGUCAAGCUCGUGGUCUUACAUGGUUCAUUCCUGCAGAUGAUCCUACCUUAAUCUCCAAGCAGCAACUAUUUGCAAGAAUUGUUGGUGGGCUUGGUGGUAGAGCUGCAGAGGAAGUGAUCUUUGGUGAGCCUGAGGUGACAACAGGUGCAGCUGGUGAUUUGCAACAGAUAACUGGUUUAGCCAAACAGAUGGUAACCACAUUUGGAAUGUCUGAUAUUGGCCCAUGGUCAUUGAUGGAUUCAGCACAGAGUGGUGAUGUCAUAAUGAGAAUGAUGGCAAGGAACUCAAUGUCAGAAAAGCUUGCUGAAGACAUUGAUUCUGCUAUUAAGAGAUUGUCUGAUGAAGCAUAUGAGAUUGCAUUGAGCCACAUAAGAAACAACCGUGAAGCGAUGGACAAGAUAGUGGAGGUCCUUCUUGAGAAGGAAACAAUGACCGGGGAUGAAUUCCGGGCAAUCCUCUCAGAAUUCACCGAAAUCCCAGUUGAAAACCGGGUUGCUGCUACAGUUCCCACUCCAGUCACUGUUUAGAUAGUGUAAGUCAUACCGUCAUCGACACUUAGUUGCACAUCUAUAAUUGGUUAAAUGUAUAAAAAGCUGUAAUUUUUGAUCAUUUGUAAAGUACUGUAAUGUCAAAUGACCAAAUAUACUCGAGCCUUUGGUUAUAUGAUACUGUUACUUCAUUUGCAAG